CAAAAGGCUUUGGAAUCUGAAUCGUAAAAAAGCCAUUUUUCUCUGAAAAGGCACUACUUUACUCUUCAAAAAGAUCCUUCAUGUGAAUCACCAUCUUCGAUACAAGUGAUACGGAAAUGACAGAAAUCACCCAUGUUUCCUGUGUGGAAUACUGUUGUUAUUUCAUGCCAGUGAUUUAUUCUUUCCUCCAGUGCUCAGCCAGCUGUGGCCAGGGCUACCGCCAGCGUCUGAUCUCUUGCAGCGAGGUGCAUGUGGAGAAUGACAACUAUGAGUAUGGCCAUCAGUCUUUGUCCAACUGCCCUGGGACCCCUCCUGAAAGCUACAUGCCUUGUAAUUUGGACCCGUGCCCGCCGCCACAGGAGUGGAGGGUUGGAAUCUGGGGACUGUGUUCAGUGAGCUGCGGUGAUGGAGUGAUGGAGAGGACAGUGCAGUGUGUGGCAGCAGAUGGUCAGGAAAGCAAUAAGUGUUCUCAAGACACCAUGCCAGAGGCCAGAAAGGUCUGCAGAAAUCCAAGCUGCCAUUUGCCAUCCAGCUGUCAAGACGUCCAGAGCAUUAAAGGCCCCCUCCCAGACAGCGAACACUUUCUCAAUAUUCAAGGAAAAGCACUCAAGGUCUACUGUGCAGGAAUGCAGACGGAGACUCCACAGGAGUAUAUCACCUUGACGACGGGAGAAAGGGAGAAUUUUUCAGAGAUCUUUGGCUUCAGGCUCAAUGACCCCACCCAGUGUCCAACCAAUGGCUCCAGAAGAGAGGAUUGCGACUGUCGGAGAGACUACACCGCCGCUGGCAUCACCACCUUCUCCAAAGUCCGCCUUGACCUCAGCAAAAUGAACAUCAUCACUACAGAUUGGCAGUUUGCUUUCACUCGUGAAGGCAAAAGUGUUCCUUUUGCAACAGCUGGAGACUGCUACAGCGCCGCACGAUGUCCACAGCUCCGCUUCUCCCUGUAA